CAAAAAGGCGGCACGACCAAAUCGACAAACGAGGCCACGGCGACCAAGCUGGCAAAGCUCCCCUGAGGAAGACGGCGACGACACACCAAAGCAGAGCCCACGAGCCUCCCCUCCAUCCCCACGAGCUCGCGCUCGUGCUCGCCUGCUCUCCACCAAAACCCUAAGCCCCCACCCUGCCCCCCCGCUCCAACCUGAGCUCCGCGACAAUGUCGUCGUCGUCGAGAUCGACGCGCUCCAGCAUCUCCCCAUUCCGAUCCCGCCGCUCCCCCGCGGUGGCGGCGCCCGCGGCGCCCCCACCGACGAGGACCUCGUCGGGAGGCCGCGCGUCCACCCCGGCCUCCUCCGUGCGUCCCGCCACCCCGUCGUCUUCCUCCGGUGGCCGCCCCACCACUCCCUCCGCCGCCUUCGCGCGCCCCGCCACCCCUACCUCCGCGCGGCCCACCACGCCUUCCUCUACCGCCUCCGCGCGGCCAACCACGCCCUCCUCGGUUUCCUCGCGAGCGACCGGGAGGGCGCCGUCCGGCGCGGCGGUGGACGCGUCCAAUGCCAAAGAGAACAUCAUGGUCACCGUCCGCUUCCGCCCCCUCAGUCCUAGAGAGAUCAACAAGGGGGACGAGGUGGCUUGGUAUGCUGAUGGUGACAACAUGGUGCGUAAUGAGUACAACCCGAGUAUCGCCUAUGCUUUUGAUAAAGUUUUUGGUCCAGCUACUACAACUCGCCGCGUAUAUGAUGUUGCUGCUCAGCAUGUUGUAAGUGGUGCCAUGGAAGGAAUCAAUGGAACUGUUUUUGCAUAUGGUGUCACUAGUAGCGGGAAAACUCAUACAAUGCAUGGAGAGCAAAAAUCGCCUGGAAUUAUCCCAUUGGCAGUGAAGGAUGUGUUCAGCAUUAUUCAAGAUACACCUGGACGAGAGUUUCUUCUGCGAGUGUCAUAUCUCGAAAUUUACAAUGAGGUUAUAAAUGAUUUACUUGAUCCGACAGGACAGAAUCUAAGAAUUCGAGAAGAUGCACAGGGAACCUAUGUGGAAGGGAUUAAAGAAGAGGUCGUUUUAUCACCUGCACACGCACUCUCUCUGAUAGCAUCUGGAGAAGAGCACAGACAUGUUGGAUCCAACAACUUCAAUCUUGUCAGUAGUCGGAGCCAUACUAUCUUCACAUUGACCAUUGAGAGCAGCCCCUCUGGUGAAACUGAAGAGGAAGAAGUCAGAUUGUGCCAAUUGAACUUAAUUGAUCUGGCUGGCUCUGAAAGUUCCAAGACCGAAACAACUGGAUUACGUCGUAAAGAAGGUUCAUACAUAAACAAAAGCCUGCUCACUCUUGGAACUGUUAUUGCUAAACUUACAGAUGGUAAGGCCACCCAUAUUCCCUAUAGAGAUUCAAAGCUCACACGCUUACUUCAGUACUCUCUGAGUGGGCAUGGGCGCAUUUCUCUUAUUUGCACAGUUACCCCUGCUUCCAGCAACACCGAAGAAACACAUAAUACAUUAAAAUUUGCCCACAGGAGCAAGCAUGUCGAGUUGAAAGCUUCUCAAAAUAAGAUAAUUGAUGAGAAGUCCUUGAUAAAGAAGUAUCAAAAGGAGAUAACAUGCUUGAAAGAAGAGCUGCAACAACUGAGACGUGGAAUGAUGGGAAAUGGGUACAUUCUUCCCACGGAUCAGGAGGAUCUUGUUAAUCUAAAACUUCAGCUUGAGGCUGGCCAAGUCAAACUCCAGUCAAGGUUAGAACAGGAAGAGGAAGCAAAAGCAGCAUUGAUGGGUAGAAUUCAGAGAUUAACAAAACUGAUACUGGUAUCAACCAAAAGUUCAAUAUCCUCAAAAGUUUCAGGACAGGCUAGCCUCCGCCGACGGCAUUCAUUUGGGGAAGAUGAGCUUGCUUAUUUACCUGAUCGUAAGCGGGAGUACUCCAUAGAGGAUGAUGAUAUUAGCCUUGAUUCAGAGUUUUCGAUUGAAGCAAAACUUGAUUCUAACAAUUCUGAUGAGCCUGCUAGAUUUGAUAGAAGGAAUCGCAAACGUGGAAUGCUUGGUUGGUUCAAACUAAAGAAGUCAGAGCAAUUAUCUGGGCUAUCACCUAGUGCCGAUAGUGAUAGCACUGCUAGCGGCUCGCCUUCCUUCUCCAGAUCAUCACAACAAAAGCACCUAUUGCUUGACCUGAAAGAUGGUCGAAGGAAAUCUGUGACUAGGAAAGCAGACGAUUCAGCACUCGGUGAUUCUUUUCUGGAGAGGACUCAAGCUGGUGAUUUGUUUAGUGCCGCACCCAUAGUACGGCACCCUCUGCCGAGUGGAACAACUAUUGUGGAUCAAAUAGAUCUUCUCCAAGAGCAGGUCAAGAUGCUGGCUGGGGAAGUCGCAUUUUCUACAAGCUCACUCAAAAGGUUAUUAGAGCAAGCAGCCAACAGCCCUGAUGAUUCACAAAUUCAGGACCAAAUUGAGAGAUUGAAAAAUGAAAUCAGUGAAAAGAAAUCACAUAUACAUGUGUUAGAACAGCGCAUAAUGCAAUCACUGGAAACUACUGAUGACCCAGCUAUUAGGACUGAAAUGACCCAGACCUUUUCAAGGUUGAGCACACAAUUGAGUGAGAUGACAUGUGAACUGGAGAUCAUGUCUGCAGAUAAUAAAAUUCUUCAAGAUCAGCUACAAACAAAGGUAUCAGAAAAUGCAGAACUCCAAGAAACAGUUGCACAAUUGAAGCGACAAAUCAGUAAUUUGUUGAAGGCCUCUAAGAGUGAGAAUAAUGUGGCCGGUAUGCAGUUUAGUGAACCAUCAACGUCAAGAAGUUAUCCUAAGGAUCAGGCAGAUGAAUUCUCAAGUCAUGAGAACAUUCCCUCUAGAACAGCGGAAGAAAAUAAGGAGUCGCCAUUAAAAUCUCAAGUGCUCAUGCAGGCUGCAGAAAUUGAGAAUUUGAAGCAAGACAAGCUGAGGCUGACGGAAGAGAAAGAUGGGCUAGAAAUUCAGAGUCAAAAGCUGGCUGAAGAAUCAUACUAUGCUAAAGAAUUGGCAUCUGCCGCUGCAGUCGAACUAAAAAAUUUGGCAGAAGAAGUCACCAGGCUUUCUUACGAAAAUGCAAAGCUGGCUGCAGACUUUACUGCAGCCAAAGAGCUUACUGCAUCAGUCACAAGGGGCAAUGACACAAAACGCCGUGAUCAAGAUAAUGGAAUUUUGGUUGAGGAGAUGCAGAAAGAGUUGGUUGCUAGUUGCCAGCGAGAGGCUGCCUUAGAAGACACAUUAUCGCAAAAGGCCCGAAGGGAAAAUGAGCUUCUGAAGAUAAUUGAUGAUGCAAAGUGCCAUGAGCAUGAUUUGGAAAAUGAACUGGAAAACAUGUGGGCCCUUGUUUCAAAGAUAAAGAAAGAAAGCUCUCAGGAUGAUUUGUUUGAAUUUAAAUCAAAGCAAAAUGGCUUUCAUUCAUCGAAGACUGAUACUGGUAGAAUCCUAAGCGAUAUGGAAGCUUCAGAUAAUUGGAAAUGGGAUGGCAUCAGUACUUUGGAAGAAGCCAAAGCUGCAUACAAUUUUGAAAGAAGCCGCUGCAAAGAGUUGGAAAACGCAAUGUCUAGAUUGAAGGGUGAAGAUAUCAGAGGCUUGGAGGUUAAAGUCCUUGAGGAGCUACAAAAUUUUCAUGUGGAAGCAUUGUCGAGGAUUUGCCAAGAAAAGAUGGCAAAGCAGGUGCUAUAGCAGGCCUCCUUGUUCAAGCUGAGAGUCUUGCGGCCAUAUCUCAUGUUCGUCGGCUGCUGUUUAUUCACACGGUAUAUUGCUGCUACAGUCGAAGCAUGUGAAUUCUAUUGCAUUAAGACUUACAAGACCAGAUCAGGGCACUUCGAACAGCCAUCCUUCGCCUGUGUUAUCAAGCAAAAGGGGAGGCAAAAUAUAGUUCAGUUGGCCCGAUGUUAACCUGCCGGGUGCUUACUCACCUGUACAGUUUACUCCACUAGAAAGAUCUAACUGUAGAUUGUAUUUACUCGUACUACGUCCUAGCAAGAAGACGCCAAAGGCGUAGCUAAUCCGCGCUUUUGCCUCCAGAGUCAGAGAUGUAAUCCCGACUUCUUGAGUUGAAACUUGAACAGGUGGAACUGUUUGUUUAGCGUGUUUGUAUGUGUUUAGGCGGAUAUAUGUAGUCCUGACGUACUUGUUCCCUGAAGCAAAACUGCAGCCUUGGCACAUUAUUUUCA